GAAGAAAGGGUUGAAAUUAAAAAAAUCAUGUCUCCCUUUCCCCUUCACUCCUAACCUCUUCUUAUAUAUAUACACCACCCAUCCUUCAAUCUACACACCCAAAUUCCAAAGCACUAAAAAAGGCUCGACACCCCCCCCCCCCCCACACACACAGAAACGCAAGAUUCCAUGGGAUUGAAGCUUUCUUGCUGCAUCCACCGAGGCAGCCUCUCGCUGCAGGUGCACCAGCCGGCCUCUCCGCCGCCGGCCAUGAUCAUAGCCGCGAACGGCUCACUGAAGGAGCUCCCGUCCUCCCCUGUUGCAGUUUCCGACGUGCUCGGCGGAGACAUGGUGUCGUCGUCGUUCUUCGUGUGCAACUCCGACGCGCUCUACUUCAACCAGCACCCGCCCGCGCUGGCCCUCGGUGAGCUGCUCCGGCCGGGGCAGAUAUACUUCGUGCUCCCGGCGGCCAUGCUCGGGCGACCGCUGUCGAGCGCCGACAUGGCCGCGCUGGCCGUGCGCGCGAGCGCGGCGAUCGCGUCUAGCUCCAGCAAGCCCCGGCGCCGCGGCGGCCGCAGUCAUGGCAAGAAGAAGGUGCGCGUCAUGCCGGUGCGCGAGGACACCGAGGACGCUGACUUGUUCAACGAGAAGCUCAACGAGCAGACGCUAGGGGAGUUCGGGGUGUUGCUGAGCUCGGCGAAGAGAGACAGGAAGCUCGCCGCCGCGACGACGAGGACGCGUCUGAAGCGUGCGCUGAGCAUCAUUCUAGAGGAUGCCGAGUGAACCAAUAGGCUGUGGUCUCAUUUUUUUUUUCCUUUUUGGAAACCAUUUGUGUGAGCCUUAGAAAGCUUGCAAUGAUUUAUUCAAUUUUUUUUAAAGCAAUGAUUUAGUAGAUUUAGGAAACGGGAGGACUCUCAUGAAAAAAAGGAUGCAUGUGUGUGGUCUGCCUUAGUACAUAAUCCAGUAGUUGCAAAAUUACAAGAAUGUGAAAAAAAUGGUUUUAUUGUUUUUUCUUUCUGAUAUAUGAAUACCUUUUUCUGCUUC